AUGCUGAGCAGUAUCGUCGCCCAAGCCUGGUUAGUCGCCUUGCUUGACGUCUCUUGCUAUGUGUCCGCCUACGAACCAAGCUCCGGCUCUGUCACCUCCGGUGACCUCAGCGUGGCAGCACCGUAUGGCAUUCCUGCGAGCAAGUUCGAGUCGGACACGAACAAUCCUGACGAGGCGGCUACGUUCAACAUCACUGGGUAUGACGUCUCCGCCGACAGCACGCCACAGUCCGUAGACGGGUGGAAGCUCGAGGCAGCUGUCAAGGGAGGCGUGUCCCUGUCGGACGCAACGAACUCGUCUGUCAAUAAGGACCAGGUGUUCGAAGCGACCACCUUGUACAUCCAAGCGCCUGACAACAUGAAGAUGGAUGAUUCUUGGAAGAUGUGCGCCGUCGUCUACCCCGGCCUAGCGAGCAGCGUGGACUCAUCUACCGCGGUAGAUGGCUCGUGCAACAAUGUGCUCUCGACAGAGUGUGUGCAGGCGCUUUCUGUGGCGGCUGGCGGAGCGAACUCAAAUGGCAUGGAUUCGAAUGGGAACUGUACCAAUUUCGUGCUUCCUGCGAGGUGCACCGACGCUUUCCCAUCUGACAGCAUCAGGACCACAGCGAUCGCUAUCAACCAGACCGUCCUCGACGACAAGCGGUUCUACGCGUAUGGAAGCCAGCCAACGGACUCUGGGAACACCACCGCGGCCGAGGACGAGGCUCGGCAGAAUGUCUGGACCGUUGUGACUAUCUUUGGUCAUCUGUCGUCCAGCGGGACGCGCGAGUCGACCAAUGUAGGGGUGCAAUGUAUCCGGGCGAUCAACGGGACAACCGAUAACGUCACCUCCGGGGCAGGCCGUCCCCUGCCUAACCUCGCCACAUGGGCAACGGACUACAAGACCAGCGCAUUCGGCGCUGUCCUCCUUGCGGGUUGGCUCAUGGCGAUAUAG